GGGGUCCGGCGAAGGGACCGGGGGCGGCGACCCUUGUUUGACACCGCGUGCUACGUACGGGAGGGAAAACAUUGUGUUGCUGUGAGAAAGUGACACAAGAGAACACUGUGGACACUGUAAAUGCUGAGCUCGUAAACUUUUUGUUGGUAUGAGAGAUUGGACCGCGUAAAGUAAAUGCUGAGCUCUUCAUCGUUGCAUUGUUGCUGUUACAAGAGUCAAGACAGACAGUUUGAGGGAUGGCCGAACCUGAGAGUCCGACGAGUGAUCUGUGGAGCGUGAUGGUUGUCAGAGUCCGAAACCGCAUCAGCACUCGCAAACUCCGCAAACGGGUGGUGUUCAAGAACGGUGACCUGAACGUGGUGCAGGGCAACCUGUCCAAGCGGCGGCGUCGCUACCUGGCCGACAUCGUCACCACCCUGGUCGACAUCAAGUGGCGGUGGACGUUGCUCGUCUUCAGCCUCAGCUUCCUGCUCAGCUGGCUCCUGUUCGCCGUCCUCUGGUGGCUGAUCGGAGUCGCUCAUGGAGAUUUUGACGAGCAGAACAUCAACAAUGAGGCGUGGAUUGCCUGCGUGCAUAACGUCAAAGACUUCACCGGGAGUUUUCUGUACAGUCUGGAGACGCAGCACACGAUUGGCUACGGAUACCGCUAUAUAUCGGACCAGUGCACUGAGGCGGUUAUCUUACUCUGCGUUCAGAGUAUCGUCGGACUGGUGAUCCAGGCUCUCAUGGUGAGCAUCGUGUUCGCCAAGCUGGCGCGGCCCAAGAAGCGAGCCCAGACGCUGCUGUUCUCCCGCAGUGCGGUCAUCUGUCAGCGGGACGGCAGGCUCUGCCUCAUGUUCCGGCUGGGCAACAUGAGGACCUCGUCUCUGAUUGGCGCCACGGUGCGCGCGCAGAUCAUCAGGAAGAGGGUGACCCCCGAGGGCGAGACCCUGCAGUUUGACAUGGAGGAACUCAACCUCGGAAAGAGGCAUUACUUUUCGGAUGGCAAGACGAGGACGAUCACUUCCACAGGCCCUGACGACGGCCGGGACAGCAUCCUGUUCAUCUGGCCGCUGGUGGUGGUGCACACCAUAGACGAGCGAUCACCGCUCUACCACAUGUCGGCCGAGGACCUCCUCCACAAGGAGCGCUUCGAGAUUGUCGUGAUGCUCGAGGGAAGCACCGAGUCGACAGCGAUGGAGACGCAGGCGCGCAGCAGCUACAUUCCCAGCGAGAUACUCUGGGGGCACAGGUUCGAGCCGAUCAUCAACUUCCGUAAGGAGACGGGCGAGUACUGGGUGGACUACAGCAAGUUCAACAGCACCUACGAGGUGGACACGCCGCUCUGCAGCUCCAGCGAACUCGACCAGUUCCGGAAGAUCCAGACCGAGAGCGUACAAAGCUCCCAGCUGGACACGCCGCCACAGGUGACAUCUAGCGGCGGCCUCAACAACUUCGACCUGCUGCGGCACCAGGCAGAGACCGGGAAGGAACAGUAGAGCCGGGCAGGCGGGGAGCGCCAACUGCAUAUGCUUUACCGGAGGCCGAACAUCGAGCCAGUCUUCCCAGCUCAGCUCAGCCUCAGAACCUGGCGCUGGGUAGUUCCAAAUCUGGCCACCAGAGGCGCUACCCUCGACGCGCUGGCGAAGGUCACCGCGACUGCAGCGCCAUCUGGCAGCCAAUCAAUGGUACCACAGCUUGCCGCCAGGUGUUCCACUCGCAGCCAGGCAGCCCUCACCGCCAUCCGUCGCAUAUCGCGUGCAGCAGUUAUUUGUAACUUAUCGUGCAUCGAGUGAUUCAGUGAAAACGGGAGUGGCUUAAAAUGCAACCACUUUUUACAGUCACUUCACCAGAAAUCUAAACUGAACGAGAGGUCUCUUGAAAUCACCAUAGCCUUUGCAUGUGCAUUAACUGAAGGAUCUGGUGUAUAUGCACAAAGAUCUGGCGAAUACGACUGGUUUCUGAGGCAUUCCAUAAGCUAACAGCGAGGUCAUAGAGAAAAGCGCCGAGAGUGUGAAUACAGCGCCCAACGUUCAUACCGAGAUUCGAGAGAGAUAUUUGAUGUCGCAUUGUGCCAUUGCCUAGUGUUAGAGUGGCGAGGGUACCUAUCGCGAACGUCUCUAUCAGCGAAUUUGUGUAAACUCGAUGAAUUUGAGCGGGGGACGUUUCGGUGUGAUGCCGUGUUCGAUCCAUCGUCAGCCUUCCCCAAACCGACUUCGCAUGAUAAGAAGGGCGGCGCUGUUCAAGAACCGUCGUGAGUGCUUGAAGGCUGUUCAAGCACUCAUAAAACGUAUUGACUCAGCUCAUUUUGUAUGGACCGCUUAAGACAUAUAUGUACACUGGAUGGAGGUGUUUUCUACUGUUGUAUAUUUCAUGUAUAUAGACGAAGAGGACCACGGCAUUUUGUAGAGCUUGUAGGUAGGUGUGGGAGCGACUGUUCUGUUUACAGUUAGUGUUGAGGAUACCGUUGCUUCGCUUUCGAACUUCUUUCAAACUGAGGCGGAUGCGUUUUGAAUGUUUGAAAGCAUGCUCAUUAUAAGUUAUCAUACUAUGUAUGUAUCGAUAUGUUUCUUUUUCGGGUUAUCAAUCACGCAAUCGGCGCAAGAGGCUACAUCAACCGCAUGGUCUUUCAUCUAGUGCCUCUGACUGGUAAAAGCGACCUUAUCAGCAGCUGGCACUGGAGCCGUUGGCCGAAUUGGGUGAUUGAAAGCCGGAGCUUUAGUUUUAGAGGAACAGCUCAAUGGAGGUGUUGGAACCAAAGUGGUCGGAACGUGCCUUCAAAUAAAAGUUACUGACGCUA